GAUGUUUUUGUCUGUAUGAUUUAGGCUACUUUACUAGUCCAUGACGGCGUCGGCUUCAUCAGCUUCAGCUGAAGAGCAAACCAACAUCAGCUGAGUUUGCAUUAAGUGUCAUCCUUGUAGCUAAAAUACAGGAAUUUAUCAUUGCGUAAAAUUCAACAAGCUGUUAAGUCAAUGAAAUAACUGUCAUCUCUCGUAGCCGCAGAAACAGGACAGAGGCAAGGGGAGAAAUAACACAACAUCAAACCAAACCCGGCAAACAAAGAGGUCCUUUUUCAACGGCAACAUUUUUCCUCCAUACUCUAUAGUUAUGAGUCAUGUGGCCGUCGAAAGUGCCCACGGUCUAGAACAGCAGCUCGCUGUCCUAGACUUGAGUGCAGCAGACGGACAAGGUGGGGGCACAAACAGGCGAUACAUUCCUCCACAUUUACGGAACAAAGAUGCUUCCAAAAACGCAGGAAAUGCCUUUGCUGCUGGCCGACAAGGUGGCUACACCAUGGCACCUCCAGCCAACUAUGGCUGGGACUGCGGGCGCAGCAAUUUUGUUAAUGGCUACCAUGACAACCGGAUGACUGGCAACUCCUUCAACCGGGGACCGCCUCGCAUGGAGCGGGGCCGAGGCGGCGUUGGCGGGGGCGGUUACCGUGGCAACAGGGGAGGCGCUUUCAAUCCCAUCAACCCAGCACAGCCAAUGGGGUUUGCUGGUUAUGAAACUAAAGAUGCAGGCAGCUGGAACACCACCAAGGAGGUAUAUAGCACUUUUAGCAACAACAGAGGGAAAUCUGCAUUCUUCAACGACAGAGGCAACGCUAACAGAGGGAGGUUCGACCAUGGUGGAUUUGGUGGUGGUGGAGGAGGAGGAAACAGCCGCUGGGUGGAGGAGUCCAGAGACGAUGGAGACUGGUCCAAACCGACACCACGAAAUGAACGUCUUGAAAAUGAGUUGUUCUCCGGCAGUAACACUGGGAUUAACUUUGAGAAAUACGAUGACAUUCCUGUUGAGGCCACAGGACAGAACUGCCCUCACCACAUCGAGAGUUUCCAAGAUGUAGACAUGGGUGAGAUUAUCAUGGGUAACAUUGCUCUGAGUCGCUACACCAGACCAACCCCUGUCCAGAAAUAUGCCAUCCCUAUUAUCAAGUCAAAGAGGGACCUCAUGGCCUGUGCGCAGACGGGUUCUGGGAAGACUGCAGCAUUCCCAAUUCUCAGCCAGAUUUACACUGAUGGACCAGGAGAAGCUCUUAAUGCAGCUAAAGCCUCUGGACAGGAGAAUGGGAAGUAUGGACGUCGUAAACAGUACCCCAUCUCUCUGGUACUGGCUCCAACGAGAGAACUGGCGCUGCAAAUAUAUGAUGAAGCCAGGAAGUUUUCCUACAGGUCCAGAGUGCGUCCCUGUGUUGUGUAUGGAGGAGCAGACAUUGGCCAGCAGAUAAGAGAUCUGGAGAGAGGCUGCCACCUGUUGGUGGCCACACCAGGAAGACUGGUGGACAUGAUGGAGAGGGGCAAGAUUGGACUGGACUACUGCAAGUACCUGGUCCUGGAUGAGGCAGAUCGUAUGCUUGACAUGGGCUUUGAACCACAGAUAAGACGCAUUGUUGAACAGGACACCAUGCCACACAAGGGCAUUCGACAAACCAUGAUGUUCAGUGCUACCUUUCCUAAAGAGAUCCAGAUCCUGGCCAGGGAUUUCUUGGAGGAGUACAUCUUCCUGGCAGUGGGCAGAGUGGGAUCUACCUCAGAGAACAUCACUCAGAAAGUGGUGUGGGUGGAGGAGAGCGAUAAGAGGUCUUUCCUCCUGGACUUGCUCAGUGCUACAGGUAAGGACUCAUUGACUCUGGUUUUUGUGGAGACCAAGAAAGGCGCCGAUGCCUUGGAGGACUUCCUGUAUCGGGAGGGCUAUGCCUGCACAAGUAUCCAUGGCGACCGCUCCCAGAGAGACCGAGAGGAGGCCCUGAACCAGUUCAGAUCAGGAAAAUGCCCCAUUCUGGUGGCAACAGCGGUAGCAGCUCGGGGCCUGGACAUCUCCAAUGUAAAACAUGUUAUUAACUUUGACCUGCCCAGUGACAUAGAGGAGUAUGUCCACCGUAUUGGACGUACAGGGCGUGUGGGAAACUUGGGACUGGCCACAUCAUUUUUCAAUGAUAAGAAUGGGAACAUCACUAAAGACCUGCUGGACAUCCUGGUAGAGGCCAAACAGGAAGUUCCCUCAUGGCUCGAGAGCCUGGCUUACGAGCAUCAGCACAAGAGCAGCAACAGAGGACGCUCUAAGAGGUUCUCUGGUGGUUUUGGAGCACGUGAUUAUCGGCAGACGACCGCUGGAGGCAACACUGGAGGGUUUGGAGGACGUGGUGGUCGCAACCAGGCAGGACACGGGGGAACCCGUGGAUUUGGAGGAGGUGGAUUUGGCAACUUCUACACCAGUGAUGGCUAUGGAGGCAACUACUCGCACUCUCAAGUUGACUGGUGGGGCAACUAGGUUCCUCUGAUCCCCUUCCCUCGUCCCUGUUCUUCUCACUCAUCCUUCUUCCUUUAUCCACACCGUUACCUGCACUCCGUCUGUCUCCUCCCCUCCUUUAACCCCAAGAACCUACAUGCAUGUUAUUAAACUAUUUAUACUCAUUUAUAUAGCCCUCCUUUCAUCCCUAAGUACUACGAUCUUUUAAUUCCUAUUUAGUCUUACCUGGACCUUCCCAUCUUCAGCUUUAUAGUCCCCUAGUUUUUCUUUUUUGCUCAAUCUCAUCUCUUAAAAUAGGCCAUAAUUUAAAGGGAUUCUUCAAAUUUAGUCGGUUGUAUUUCAACAGCUAAUAACAUCCUUUAGUUUCUUUGUGGACAUUUCAAACUAGUUUUCCUCUGUGACAAAACUAGCCAAUUAAAUUGAAGUUGUAGGUGUUCAUUAAGAUGGAUGGGAACAUCAGUUCCACAGUAUGUGCACUUCUCCACAUCAGCUGGUGAAGACCAGGGGAUAUCCAUUUUUUCACUUCAGAUCUGGGUUUUGGCUUUUCUUUGUUUGUUUUCACCUGAAGCUGGCCAGGCUCCCUGUGUACCUUCACAUGCCAUCUUUGUAUGUAAUGUGUGGCCAUGCUGUAAAUCACUGGCCUAGACAUUUUUACAAAUCCAGCUGAGACAUAGGCGAGUUGUGUAAUCUGAGCAAAAUAUGUCUAUCUAAAUUCAGGAGUGGGAACUGACUGGUCUCCUUCGCUUACGUGACAGCCACAAAAUGUUUUCUAAUUUUCUCACAUUUUUAAAACGUAUUGAACUGUCGAUAUAUCGAGGUCUGAGAAUGAUGACUGAGACAAUGCCUGGAUGAAACACCCAGUCAUAGGUCUUAGGACUUAAUAUCACAACUACAAACAGCAUUUUCUUUGUUUGAAACAAAACAUAAUGGAGGAUCAUUUGUUUCUGUACUGUGCCUUUAAGAAUUUGAACUGUCACUUAUUUCUAUUAUUUGUUUAUUGCCAUAUACAUAACUGGCUACAGAUAUUGGCCAACUGUGACUAAAGAUGCGUAUUUAAUGUUAUGUAUGGAUUUAAACAUGUUUUUCUUUCUCUUUAAUCUAUUUGGAAGGAAACAAAAUAGGCUUGAACUAAAUCAAACCUUGGCAAACAAAUCUUCAAUGAGGAAACUCAAAGCUGUACCUUAUCAUUUCAAAUUGUUCAGGUCUCUGAUGAGCUGAUUCCCAAAAGCAUAUUAUCACUUCAACCAUAUUUAUAGACAGAUUAAAUGCACCCUCAUCCAAAGUCACUAAAAUUGGCCAAAAACAUUAUAUUUGUUUGAAAAAAGAAGCUGUUAAAAAUGACAACAGACCUCUUUGAUUUAGCACAGAUAUCAGCAGUGGUUUUUUGCCUUUGGGAAACCAAGUUCUACUCAUUGACCUGUGUGCCACAUGUAGAGCUCCUGUCUGAGCUUGAGUUUGGGUUCCUCAGAGUCAUCUUGCCACUAACAGUUCAGUCAGGUGCUGCCAUUAGCGGAGCCACUGAGAGGGAACUUGGUGUGGCUGUGCAGCAGUAGCCAUGUUGGGCUGCUUCUCCUUCUUACCAUUCAGACAUGGGGUUGUACGUGUAGAUGGAGAGACAAGUCAAAGUGUGAUGCUGCUUCCCAAUCAUAUCAGAUUUAUGGUCGUUGAUAAAAUGGUUUGCUUUUUGUUUUUAACUCCUGUAUUUUUAUUCAUAUCUAUUUUUUGAAAUAGUGAAACAUUUUGGCCAAUGUUGAGACUUGUCACCACGUUCUGCCGCGAAGUUACAGCAGUGGUAACGUCUCUGUGGUGUGAAAGCUAUAACCACUACAUGGCUGCUGCUGAAAACAACAGCUACCAGAUUUGAUCAGUGGCUGUUCAACUGAGUCUUAGUGCCACCAUGCUCUUUGGAAACCCGCUCCUCUUCCACCACAAACAUUGAAAAAGCCAAAAGCUUCUUUCAAGGGGAUACACAACUAAAAUGCUGUAAGAGUUCAAAAAAUUUUGCUCACUCUAUCCUGGAGAGUUACAUGAAGAGUUUUCUCCAAAAUAAGUCAUUCCUGAUUAUUCGUUAGGUCUUCAAGAUCAGUUGAGAUCAGGGUUAAAAUUAAAGAACUUGAUAAGCUAGCCUAACCCAUUUCACAGCAGGGGCAGCUGAGGCUUCUGGAGGGUGUAACGCCAAACCUCCGUGACACAUUUUAGUCAUGUUCUGUGUUAAUGUACUAUGAUCACAUGUCACCAGACACAGUUCAGUGCUUACAUUCUCUUUACUAUAAUAUCCAUUCAGCAAACACUGUUCCUCUCUGCUUUGUCAGAGGCAUGAUGAAGUCGGUUCUUCUGUUGCAAUGCGACAAAGAAUACAGAAGUAUUUCCAGAUCUAGAUUUCAACUAGCCUGUAGGCAGCGUGCGUUGACACUUUAUGAUGCGUGUCAAAAGCACCUUUGGUUUUUAUCUGAUAGCAACAUGCUCGCUACUACUGCUUAUUCAUCUUUUGUCCACAUGACAUCGAUGUUGUGCAGACCUUAACUGGCACAGGGCUGGUUUGUGCUGCAUUGUCCCACUUUAGCCCUGCUGAGAAUAUGAAAUACAAAACCUAGCUUGGCGUAGCACAGUAAGAUACAGGACAGAUAAAGUGUGCUAGUGGAAAAGUGGCAUGACAGAACCAAAAACCAAUGCCUAGUACCAGGUGAGCACUACUUUGCUCUGCUAUGAAACCAGGUUGCAAGGAGCAGUUGACCUGCAGCCAGAUUAUCCCUGUUUCAUCCUGUUGCAACAGAACUCCAUUGUGCGUUAGGGUAGUUCGGUGGUAGAGGUCUGGUCCUCCACCAUGUCUACUGACAGCUGAAUGAGCUUCCUGGUGGUAGGAUCUUAAAUUGUUUUGUCUACAUGAACAAUUUUAGUGAAAUAAACAGAUUAACAACACUAGAUGCGUAGAAGUUGAAUCACUUGAUGCUGGACCAGGCAAGUGUCUGCUGCACUUUGGGCAAUUUGAACACAGCUGGUAGAUUUAUUUUUUAACAGUUUCCAGAAAGUGCAUGUGUUUGAACAUGCAUAAACCAAUAACGGAUUAAUUAUCAGGAGGCAGAUUCCCUGUACACAAGAAGGGACCAAGACAAUAUAACAUAUGGAGUUGGUGGUGGUGUUCUUUGGUCCAGGAGUUAAAAAUGUCAAACAAAUCAGUACAAUUAUCAAUACAGUUUUCCUGUUGUCUCAGAUUUUUAGACUAUGUUUUAAUUAGAAGUCAAGUUCAGGGAAACGGUAGGCUUUCUGCUGAGUAAUGCUGAAGGACUGGGGAUUCACAUAGACACCAGGCCACAUACAAAAUGUGCAAACUAGAUUUUCCUAAAGCUUUCCUGGUGUCCAUUCUCUUGUCAGAGUUUGGAAAGAUUUCAGUGAUGUAUGUCUCUAAAUCUGGUUCACCCUCUAGUAGUUUAAGUGAGUGGCCAGUGUAAAAGGAUGAAGGACAACUCAUAGGAUACAGUAUUGUCAGAAUCAUACUCCAUGUCAAGCUUCCAAAUGAACCAAAAUCAUAAAUUAGUUUGCAGCUUCUUUCAGCUACCAAGUGUGGUUCAGCUGUCAGAUUAAUAUUAUUGUCGCACAAAGUGUGUUGUUGCCAUGGUUCCAGUUGCAUGCUAAACUACUAGGAGCACUGGUUAAAAUGGGAGUUAAUGCGUUGAUGAUUUAGCACCUGUUUAGCAAAUAAUUUUUCCGUGGUCUCAAUUUGAAUAACACUCUUUAAUGUCUCCUGCAGUGGUGGUGGAGAGUCUCCAUUUUCAGUUUCUUACAGAAACUGUUUUUGUUAGUAUAAAGAUAGAAACCCAUAACAGGACAAGACAUUAAAGAUAACAAUGCAAAUGACAAUCGGUUAUAAUUCACUUUACAUGUCGGCAGAACGUUUUAAGUUGCACUUUUUAGCAGUUGUGGGAACACCUUUACAUGUAGGUGUUUUCUUAAGCGGCUGUCCUGUGGGCAGUGAUUUGGUAAUUGUUGAAUUUUAAUCAUGCACAACCAACUUGUGUCCUCCACGGUGGGAGGGACAGAUCUGCACAGCAGAUAAAGGCCAAGCUGAGCUUUCCAGCUGAAGAUGCACCCUCUGAUUAUGUUACGUGACCCACUAGUAGUUUGGAGUUGAAAUAAUAUGGGCGCUAUCGGGCAUUGACCGAAUAACACAGUACUAAGACUUGAUUAUAAUGAUCCCCUGUGUAGGACAUUUUCAGCAGCUGUUACUUGAAUCCAUAACUAUUGCCAGGCUCUUGUGUUUAAUAAAAAUACUAAGGAUGUUGAAAUACAUUUAAUAAGGACAAACGGUGUCAGGCAAAUGAAGCUGGUUCAGUACGUAGUCAUUGCAGUGCUUUCUAACAGCCACUGGGGGGCAGAGUGGAGCCAUGGAUAGAUGAAGGAGUGACUGAGUGUUUCACAUGCAGUGAUCAAGAUGAUAAAGUAAUUAAUACCAGUUCUGGGCAUGUUGUUAACUGCUGGUAGUGUAGAUAGGAAAUUUAAAUUUGUGAGUUGUACUGCAGGCAGUCGUGACAGGUCAGACUUCAGUUUACCUCACUUUUCAUCUUGUUUAUAGCACAGUCUUGUAGUGUUCAGAGUGCACAGAUAAAUAUGCAAUGUAUGUAGGUCUUUUUCUAGGGCAGAAAGAUUAUAUCUGUCAGCUGUACUUACCUUGGAACUGUGUUGGAACCAAACCCCAACCCCACCUCAUCAAAACACCCCCUGGACACCAAACAUCUACACUAAGUAGAUCAACAGAGAUCAGUUACAUGCAGCUUGCUUUCUCUUUGCUUUCACCAGGAAUCAUGAGAUUUCCCUGGGCUGUUUUCUGUCUGUGUUCAGUUUGACGUAAAACACAAACUGGUGCAGAUUAAAUCAGCCUAAAUUCUGUGUGCAGUGCCUUGAAAUGACUGAAUCACUAAUUCACAAAGGCUGAAAUGUGUUGGUUAGGGCUGGGUAUUUUCAAUACAGAUGUAAAGUCCAAACAAAGUAAAUGCAUUAUGCUGUAGUGGGCAUGCAUGUGACAUUUCUGUGUGAAGUCCCCAUAGUCAUUCACCCCACAAUGGCAGACACACAAGUGCUGAGCAUAGCAGGAUUCACCAGGUUCACAAAACAUUACUUCAAACCUUGUGGCAGUUUUGUUAGCAGCUUUUGUGCAAUGGAUGGCACAAACAGAACGGAAAACAAUUUAGGAAGAAGUUUUUACUGGCUGACUAAGAUAAAAAAAA